AUGCCCCAUUCGGGAUACCCGUUUGGCUCUUCUUCUGUCGUUGGUGUUGAGGGGGAUGAUAGACACUCUUCCGUUUCCCUCUUUGUGAUUCUGUUCCUAUGCGUGCUUCUAACCGCGGUAGAACCCUCCGUAGCAGGGGCUGACGUACGAAGUACGGUGGAUGAGGUUGUAGCGGACACCAGUGAGCCGACCUGUCCCCCGGCUCCCGUCUGCUCGAGGUACAAGUGGUUGAGCAGCAGCCAACUUUAUUGUUGGAUGUCCAAGCUUCCUUCCAGAUUGGUGUCACGGGAGUUGCCCUUCGCAACUGAUGACAAGGCGCGCCGUCUUGCGAUAAGCAACGUGGAAGAGCUUCUGCGCACCCGCCUAGUGGGCCAGGGGCAUCUAACCGAAGCUAUUGCUUCCCUAAUGCGCAAGAAGCUUUCGUACCCACAUGAGCCUCUCGUUCUCCACUUUGCUGGCGAUAACGGCGUCGGUAAGACCCAUACUGCUCGGUUACUGUCAUUGGCCACAUCGCUGCGCUGUGCGAACUCGCGUGGGCGGCAGUGUGACUCUGGUGACAAUAUGCUCGUCAUAUCCGGUACUGGCUUUGGUGGCCUGGAGGGAAGGGAUGGUUUGAACCUCUUGGUAAGGAAAAUCACUGAGCACCAGCGCAAGUACCCUCACGGUAUCGUGCUGCUGGACGACCUUAACGCCAUGCACCCUUCGCUUGUUGCGCUGCUCGCGCCGCUGUUUGGUCGUGCGGACCGCUUCGAGGGGCAGGCCGCCGACUUACCAUCACUUAAAGAACUCACUGUGAUAGUCACAACAGACUUUGGGAAGCAAGGUCGCACAUUUGGGAAAAGCGUGGUGGAGGUUGAGAAGAUGGUGCGGAUGGAGUUCAAUUCUCUGUAUGGCUCCUUUGUGCCUGCAUUCGUGCGGACACUGGCGUUUGCGGCGUUUUCGAAGCGCUCAGCAGAGGAAAUGGUGCGGACUACUGUGAUAACUCUUCCGUGCACCGCGUAUCGCUAUGGAUUCGCGGGCCCAAAUGCAUACGGCGGAGGCGUCGUUGCGAGUAGCAUUGAUGAUGUUGCUGUAUCAUUCCUUGUAGAAAGGUAUCGCGAGGUAUGGGAGGGACGUGAAAAUGGUCACGCACUGCGUCGAGCUGUGGAGGACAGCUUGCUGUCACUGUUAUUGAAGUAUUUUGACGAGCACGGCCAUGAUCGGAGGGUGUGGGCGCGCUUCCACCUUGAUGAAAAGGUGGGCGAGAUUGUGCUUGAUGCUGGUGCGGACCCGCAUAGCAUGAACGACUUGUAG